AAAUACACAAAUAUUCCCUCAACUGACAACACUGUGACAUGAAAUACAGAAGGAGCUCGUGAAAAAAAUUAUUCAUUGGAAAAAGAUUUUAUGAAAUAGUGAUAAAAAGUUAAAACAAUUAACUAUAUUAUGGAGCCAAUGGCUGAAGUCAAUACCAACGAUGAGGUCAACAACAAAAAUGAACUACCAGAAAUUACCGAAAAUCCACAGACGGCAGCAGCUAAUGGCGUUAGUCCAUCGGGGGCAGGUGUAGCAGCGCAAAACCAAGAAAAUGCUGAGACGUCAGAGAAAAAUGAUAAAGAAUGGUUACAAGGCCAAGUGCAAAAAAACCCCAUAAUGACUGCACCGCCUGGAUUUAGGCCUGCUGCAGCUGGUGCGGGUGCUGCUGUUAGGGGUGGCGGUGUAAAUAUGCAUUUUAAUAGGGGCGGUGGCAGAGGCGGCGGCGCUGGUAAUUUUGGCAAUCGCCCAUUCGAUCCAAAUUGGUCCAAUAAUAAUGUACCGCCCGGUGGACCACCGGGUGGAGGACCCCCACAGUUAGAGCUGUGGGUGGAAACCAAAACCGAAGAUGGCAAAUCAUAUUAUUAUCAUGCCCUGACAAGAGAAACUACUUGGACCAAGCCCGAGGGACCAAACAUCAAAGUUAUGACCCAAGCUGAAAUUGAAGAAAUGAACAAGAAACAGCAAAUGAUGCAGCAGCAGCAACAACAGCAUCAUACCCAAAACCAGUCAAAUGGUGGUACUGAGGAAAAGGAUAAACCCGAAACAGCUGUUAUUACCGAUAAACCACCACCAACAGCAGCGGCGGCCGCGGUGGCAGCGCCGUCGAAUGUUUUAACAUCACAGCCACCACCAGGGUUGCUAUCGCAACCACCUCCAAAUGCCCAUCAACAACCGCAGCAGCAACAAGUGCCCCAGCAACAUGCACCACCACAUCAGGCAAUGACACAACCUCCGCCUAAUGUUGCCGCAGCAGUGCCUGGCGGCCAUCCUCAAGUAAGUCAACCACCACCUGGUAUGCAUCAACAACCGCCACCAUUCUUUCCGCCUGGUGUCCAUCCACCUAAUUUUGGUCAACAUCCUCCCUUCGGAAUGCCUCCACCAGGCUAUGCGGCUGGAUUUCCAGGAGCACCUGGUGGUCCUGCCGCCCCUUGGGGAAUGCCCUGGAACCACAUGCAUCAAGUUCCGCCACAAGAUAAACCUGCCAAAAAUCUCAUCAUUAAACCUGGUGUUAUCGAUCCAGCAGUUAUAGCGCGUGCCGCCGAAUGGUCGGAACAUAGGGCUCCCGAUGGCAGACCUUAUUAUUAUCAUGCUGGACGUGGGGAAAGUGUGUGGGAGAAACCGCAAGCAUUACGUGACAUGGAAGCCGCACGUAUGGCUGCUCAUGGUGCCCCACAAGUUGCUGCCCCACCUCCCGUUCACAAUCCAGCUUUGAUACCUGGUAUACCUCCACACCUGAUACCGCUUAUGCACAUGCAACCGGCAAAUCAUGCUGCCGCAUUUGUUGAUCACUCAGCCGCCAAGGCUGCAGAGAGUGCAAAAGUUUCACAAACGGCUGCCCUUGAGAAAGAGGCUAAAAAGUAUGCCGAAGAGAAACGCAAAAAGGCCGAAGAAGAACAAAAGAAAGCAAAUGCAACAGCAAAGCCGGUGGAUAAGAGUAGACCCAUAUCCAGCACGCCAAUACCGGGUACACCAUGGUGUGUUGUCUGGACAGGAGAUGCUCGUGUCUUUUUCUAUAAUCCUUCAACGAGAACAUCGGUCUGGGAGCGUCCAGAAGAGUUGCUCGAACGCGAAGAAGUCGACAAAGCAAUCAACAAUCCACCGGAACAACUAAAGAGUUUGGUCAAUGCCAAAGCAAAUGCCAAGGAAGAAGCUGAAGCUGAGGAGAAAGCAGCAACAAAUCACAGCGCCGGCAAUUCUGUGCCAAGCAAUGCUGUAAAAAUCCAUACCAUUGAGGACAAUCAAGCCGAUGAUGAAGAUGACGGUGUGAUAAAAAUUAAAACAGAAUCGGAUUCAGAUGUUGAAGAAGUUCCCACCAAGAAGUUACGUUUAAAUAAAACGAAAAAGGCUGAUGCCAGUGAAGCUGCUGCCGAGGCUGAGGUGAGGGCAGCCAAAGAGAGAGCCUUGGUACCCUUGGAAACCAGAGUAAAACAAUUCAAAGAAAUGUUAAGAGAGAAGGAUGUAUCUGCCUUUAGUACAUGGGAAAAAGAGCUGCAUAAAAUCGUCUUUGAUCCCAGAUACUUGCUGCUGACAUCCAAGGAACGCAAGCAGGUGUUUGAGAAAUAUGUAAAAGAUCGCGCCGAAGAGGAACGCAAAGAAAAACGCAACAAAAUGCGACAAAAGCGUGAAGAGUUCCGUAAUCUCUUGGAAGAAUGUAAAUUGCAUGGAAAAUCCUCAUUCAGUGAUUUUUGUCAACGCUAUGGCAAAGAUGAACGUUACAAGGCCAUUGAAAAACCACGUGAACGUGAAAGUCUUUUCAAUGAAUAUCUCUUGGAUGUGAGGCGCCGUGAAAAGGAGGAGAAACAAAUGAAGAAAGAACAGAUUUCAGUAUACAGUUUUUGCUACUGCUACUGCACAACGUAUUAUGCAGUCUUCUGUUAAUGUGUGUUGUAAUUUUUGUUUUUAUCAAUUAAAAACACGCGAGAGUCCAUUUCAAAAAUGCCAACGAAACCCCCUCGAAAAUAUUCAGAUGGUGGUUGCUAAAAUAUAUUUUUGGUUGGAAGAAGUGUGAGAGAACGAGGAAGGUAUAUUAGGCUUAAUAUGCCGCCUUUUGAGAGAAGCAAAACAGCAGGAGUAGA